AUGAUUGAUAAACUGCCUGUCACGACUCAUGACACGCCCCAAGUCGCGUUAGCCUCCCUGUCCGCCCUCGGCACGGCCCCAUCUCGACCCCGCCGAUAUCUUCGACUUCGACAUCUGUUUUCGUGCAUUCUCGUAGCAUUCACAAUCUAUCAUCUGCUGCCCCUUGCCGCCCACCACCUGAAGCGGGUCUAUGACGAUCCUCGGACAGCACAACGCUGGCGGACAUGGUCAUCCGGCACCCCGGUUGCGACGAGCAUGGACGAGCUCGGGCGGCAGCACCAGACGCUACUUGAUCGACAACACCGUUCGAUCAAUCUCGUAGACUCUAUCGAGCCUGAGAUGAUUGAGGUGUAUGCCGACCAGGUCAAGGUCGUGCUCGUAAGCGAAUGUGAGACAUCUCGCGCCUUGUUCGGUCUCACCCACCUGGCUUUGAUGCGUCCGACCAGGACUUGGAUCGCUUCACAAGAACACCAACCAGUCCUCAUCUACCCAAAAACGAGGUAGACGUGAUCACCAACUCGGCAAUCGACCUUCGUGAUUCGCUCUUCACCAAAUUGUUCCCCUACAUCGCCUCAGGCCGAGGAGGUAGGAGAUCAUUCGAUCAGCUUAUCGACACCUUCACUCGACCAAAGGGGAUCGUCAUCCCUUGUUCAAACUGGUACUUUCGGGUGAGUGAGAAUUUCCUCCAGCCCAGACAACUUUACAAUAGGUUGGAACGUUAUCCUCUCGACCCACAGUACGCCUUGCACCUCAUUACAACGCUCAAGAAAGUUCAUUUGACUACGUUGCCCAUCCUCAUCGUCCACGCCGGGCCGGACGAUCUCUCUCCGAAGAAUCGACAAACGCUCAAAUCCCUCUCCCCUGACGUCGAUGUGCUUGACCUCCUUCACUUUUUCUCCGAAGACCAUGUCGGUCUCUUGUAUGGCGGCUGGGCGAUCAAGCCUUUCGCUCUCUUAGCCUCGCCCUUCAAAGAGACGAUCCUCGUCGAUGCCGACGUCGUCUUCAUGCAGGACCCGAAUGUGCUCCUUCAAGACCCAGGCUAUCGAGAAACGGGUACUUUGUUCUUCAGGGAUCGUGAACUGUUCCCUACCGAUGAUGCGGUCCAUAUUUGGUUCGAAGGCGUGAUGAAGAAUCGUGUGCCGAGUGCGAUGUUGAACAAGUCGAGAUGGUGGAAGGACAGAGCGUCGAGGGAGGAGAUGGAAUCGGGGGUCGUCGUCGUCGAUAAAGGGAGACGGGAUGUCGUGUUGGGGAUGGUCUUUGUCGGGUGGCUCAAUACGAAGCAAAUAAGGGAUGAAGUAACGUACAAGAGGACUUUUGGGGACAAGGAAUCUUACUGGUAAGUGUGGCACAAUCAAGUUCAGGAAAGGCCCUUGACUCGGAGCUGAUUGAAGCGGUGCGGGAUUGCACAGGAUCGCUUUCGAGCUCGCGGGAAUACCAUGUGAAAUCCCUCACUUAUCUAGCUAAGCCUAAUUGACUAUGCUCUGACCAUAUAACAUUGGUUUAAAUCCCGACAGACUAUUUCGAUCCACCCUUUGCUUCGACCAUCGGGCACCUUACCUACUUUAGCGAAUCAGACGGAGUCUCAGCCCCUCAGAUGUGUAGCGAGCAUCAUCUUCAUCUCGAUCGAAGUAAGUCUCUUGAACGUAAGACGCGAUACCUGACCACUGACUCUCCGUUUCGUUCGAUUCGUGACAGAGGGUCGUCCCUUCUGGUGGAACAGCUCCCUGUUCGAAGACAAGCGCAACCCUUCCUCGACCUAUUUUCUCGCGACCCAGUACAGUUCCGGUACGGCCGAUUGGGCAACCGAAUCUGAACCUUGGUGUAUGAGGUCACUGAAGGAAAAUGAUGUGAUCAUGCUGGAGGAGGUCAAGACGGAUUUGGGAGUGGGUUUCGACGAGGUGUAUACAAGGGUUUUAGGGGCAGCGGUGCAGAUUGAUCUUAGGGCCCAACGCUGUGGAAUCACUGGGUGCGGUGAUUGAUGCAAGGGAAUUGGAGUACAGUCAGACCUGAGAAAAUUUAUAUCGCCCAAUCUUAUACCUGUCAAAAUUUAUGGACUUUUCAAUCUCCCGACUUUUUUGGCUGACAGAACCUGUCCAAUCUUAUACCUUAUAAUUUAUGGGUUUACAGGUCAAAUUAUAAGAUAAGAGAGAGCCGGAAAUGAGCGAUUGAUCAGGAAAUGGCCUCUCCCUCGGCGUUCUUGUUGACGAGCCGCCUGCUGGAAGAGUCCGAAAUGCCCCGAAACAGCCGAGAAGCAGCACAGGAGAGCAAAGGCGGCGGUUGACAAUUUUACGAAUAAGUACGACCCAAGUGAUUUCUUCAACAUGGACGAAACCGGUCUCUUCCACGCUAUGCGUCCGUCUACGGGCCUUGCUCGGAACGGUCGAAAUGGUGUCAAGAUGAAUAAGACUCGCAUCAUUGCGAGACAUGAGGCGUGGAACGACAUCCGCCCCGAGACGAUUGCCAACUGCUGGCGCCACGCUCAAAUCUUGUCUGAUCGCAAGAACAAAGGAUCGACCGACCAUACACCUCUUCCCAACAGUCGCGGGCCUCUCAAUGGCGAUCGCGGCAUCAUCAACGCGAUGAACGCUCUGAAGACGGCGAACGAUGAGCUGGUCGAAAAGGGCAUAGUUACGAGCAACGAGAAGAUGAGUAUCCACUUUCUCGUCGAUGUGGAGGAGGAGAACCUUGCUGGUGGGGCUGAAAUGACCGAUCAGGCGAUUGUGGACCUGGUCAUUGCCGAAGAGUUGAAGGAGAAUUGCGAGGGAGAAGGAGGAGAGGAGGAAGGGGAGAUAGAGCUCCGACCGGCGGAGCGAACGACGCUGCAGGAGGCAAUCUCAGCGCUUGAUGUUUUCCUUAGGUUUGCUAUGAAUGGAUACUCAGGUCCAACGUAUUUGAUUUCUUUUGAGGACGAGGCUAGGAGGAUUCGCAGGACUCUUGUUGCCGAGCAGGAUGCCGCGAGGAUUCAGACGACAAUGACUUCGUAUUUCCAGCGUUAG